UUCUCCAGCCCACACAGACAGGGCAGCCAGCAACCAAUACGCUGCGCCGGAGGAGGAUUUCUGCCAGUGAUUUCAGACGAGCUACGAUACGCAAAGGGGAUUUACUACGCCAAUCUGAGCUGGGGAAGCUUUCGGCGAUAGGUAACAGGUCACUCACUCCGGGAGUAGCCUACCGACCUUGGAGAGACACCAUUCUGUAAAAACUGUCUGCACAUCGGUCUGACCUGAAUAAGCUGUGUGCCAUGUCUCUGCCUCGCACACUUGGGGAGUUGCAGCUGUAUCGGGUCCUCCAGAGGGCCAACCUGCUGGCCUAUUAUGAAACCUUCAUUCAGCAGGGUGGUGAUGACGUGCAGCAGCUCUGUGAGGCAGCAGAGGAGGAGUUUCUGGAGAUCAUGGCUCUAGUUGGCAUGGCCACCAAGCCACUGCAUGUGCGUAGGCUCCAGAAGGCCCUCAGAGACUGGGCGUCCAACCCUGCCCUCUUCAGCCAGCCCGUCUCCAACGGUCCUCUGGGGGGCAUCCCACUGUUCAAAGUGGACGGCACAGGCUCUGGUGGAUCGGCAGGCGGGCCCAGGAAGUCUCUGAGCAACGGGCAGCCUGGGUCCCCCUGUGAAAGGGAAGAUCGGGCGUGUCUUACUCCGAUGCACAGUGGGAGUCCCAGAAGCCCUUGCUCCCAGGCAUCCCCACAGCCACCAGACUCACACUACAGGGAAAAACUGUCCCCCAUGGACCCACACUGGCUCACCCCAGAGCCCGAUGGGAACUGCAAUCUCUCAUCUGGACUCGAGGAUGAGUCUCCCAGCCCACCACUGAUGUCAACAUGUCCUCCUGGUCCCUCUUCUUCUCCAGGCCCCUCUGCACUGUCCGCCUGGCCCGGAGGACAGCUGGACGGGGAGACGGCAAGGGCGGUGGUGGAGAGCGUUGACAGGCUCCUCAGGACCCUGCCCAGGUCAGAUGCUGCAGAGGUGAAGACUCUUCUAAGGAUGAACAAGAAGAUGGCAAAGACUGUGGGACACAUCUUCAAAAUGGGUUCCCAAGAUGUUAACAAAGAAGAAGAGAUCAGGAAGUACAGUCUCAUUUAUGGACGUUUUGACUCAAAGCGGAGAGAAGGGAAGCAGCUCACACAUCAUGAGUUGAUCAUCAACGAAGCUGCUGCCCAGUUCUGUAUGCGCGACAAUGCCCUUUUGCUGAGACGGGUGGAGCUCUUUUCUUUGGCUCGGCAGGUGGCGAGAAAAUGUGCCUACACCUCCACACUAAAGCAUGCAAGGACAAAUGCAGAUGAGAACAGCCUACUGUGCCAGAAGAGAGCGAGACAUGAGGUAAUUGUGCCUGAGAGUGUGUCCUCACUUCUCGGAGUGGAGAGCUCCGAGGGCUUGACCCAGAGGGCAGAUGAUGACAGCUUAUCUGCAGAAAGCCUCGACAGUGUAUCACAUGACAUCGGCUCACAGUGCAACCAAUCUCCAUCCCCCCGUCCCCACACCGACACGUCCAACCCUGCCAACUGGAGUCGCCAUCUCAUACAGCAAACGCUAAUGGACGAAGGGCUGCGAUUGGCUCGGAUGGUCUCACAUGAUCGGGCCGGCAAGAUCAACCUAGCGUCAGAACGAACUCACUGUACAGAUCAUGACGGUAAAGUGGAGAGGCGGAGCUCGAUAACAACGUGCAGGAGCAGCAGCCCUUGCAUCACCAAAGACGAGUCUAGUCACCGGGGAAAAUGAAAAAACUCAGCUUUUUUCCUCCGGCCUGCCACUGAACUCUGUCCGUUUUACAGGCUGCUACUGACACUGACAUCUGAUGGGAAGAAGACUACAGUAAUUAUCUGAAUUAAGGAAUGAUACCAUAAAUGUGGAGUGACUUCUAAACACUGAAAAAUAUUCCAUUUUGACUUUAUAAUCACUAAAUAUGAAGGGGAGACACAGAAAGUGGGAAAAUUCAAUGUUUUUAUAUGGAGAAAAAACAUGAUUAAGAAAAUAAAUCUAGUUUUCAGGUCAGUUUUUAUUGUAAGAAGUGCCAUGUGUUGACAGUGCGGCAGGUUUUAAAUUAAAUGGGCUCUACACAGUAGAGGGCACUGUAACUUUGGAAAUAGAGUCUCUUACCUUCAUCCAGUAACAUACUAGUUAUGUUAAGGGAAUCUGGUGUCAUACUGUAGGUAGACUUGUAUUGACUUUUAUAGCAAGUAACAGGCUAAAAAAGAGUAUAAGCAGCUCCUCACCCUCAGGAAAAAAUGUGAUAUUUUAGUUUUUGAUGUAUGUGCAUUGUUUAGGAUUCAAAGAUGGUAAUACUCAGCCGUGUGUUCACUCAAAUCGCCGUUAGGUUCAGAGGCCUUUUGUUUUUCGCUGCAUCAUCCAAUCGCCCAUAUGAUCUAAACAAAUGGGUUGUGGUUUAUUAGAUACAAAGCCGCAGGUCUUCAUCAUCCUCUCCUUCACAUCUUUAUGUAAUGGUAUUUUGCACAAGCAGCUGAUAUGGUGUUUUGUAAGAGAUGAUUUUCCAUAUUUUUCAUUUUCUUAAAUUCUGUGAGAAUGCCCCCCAGAAAACCUUUCAAAAGCUGGUCAAAAUUUCGUAAGAACACCAAUGUUUUUUUAUUUUAUUUUCAGCUGAUAGUUAACAUUUUAGUUGCCUCUCUACACAUCAGGUUACAGGCUCUUGCUCCAGAGCAGGGAGGAUGCUGCUUUUCCCCCUCCUCUUACUUGAAUGGUGUUCCCAAUAGGUGCCAUUUUACAGCCUGUGAGGACACUGCAUUCAAAACUACAUUGCAAGAUUUAAAGGAUAAAAAAACAAAACCACAGCAUUUAAAAAUAAAAGAGAGGUGAUUAGUGUAAAUGUUUAAUGCAGUUUUAUUUAGGCGUGGCGGAAACAGACAAUAUGGCUGCAUGUUUUUCUGAUGAUUUCUGUAGUCUUAGAUAUUAAGUUAACUAAUGGUUUACUUUCUAAGCUUUAGAAAAAUAAAAACCCAUGCAGAGGUUUACAGAAAGACAUUUGCUUGACUCUCGAUACAGCAACUGCUUCAAGUUAUGCCAGCCUAUUUGACCCUGAUUAAAGUGUAAGUGUUUUCAGACUUAAUGUAAUGCUAAUAAUGACUUUUUGUAUGCUUAAUCACAGAGUAUGUCAGUGAGGUAGCUUUCUGUGCAUCAGUUACACCUGCCUGUCAUUUGAGCAUUGAUAACCUCCUCAGUUUAUUAUGUUGCAAAACAGAUUAUUUAUUUUGUUACAUCUCAAUAAAUGUUAUUUUAUUGCUUAAAGCGUGUUGGUUUCCACAAUAAAUAAUAUCUUCUUGGCUUUUCUGAUGUGUGUAAGAAAAGGGCUGCGGGAGCUGCGUCACACAGCCAGCGACACCUCUGCAGUCGUAUUGUUUGUUGCACUGACUCUCUGCACUGAGCUUGGAUGCUGGCAUGACUCACCUGUACCACCAAUGUAAUCAGCGCUCAUUCACACAAACACACAGCAACUCUCUCUAUUAUCAGACAGAGAAGAUAAAGACAAACAAACAUCAUACUACCUCAAAUAAUUUAGUACUUUGGUCUAGACUAAAACUUCCCAACAAUUCAUUUAUUGCCAUGACGAGACAACGGACAACUACUAGUUGUAUAGUUUUUAUCUGACCGUUACAAAUAAAAACUCUAUACAACUAAGAAUACAAUAUUUUAAAGUGGCCCUGUUUUGCUCAUUUUCUGGUUCAUAUUUAGUGCCUCUACUCAACAUGUUUGGAAGCUUUAAUGUUCAAAAAGGUCUUUAAUUUUCUCAUACUGCCUGUGCUGGAGCACCUCUUUUCACCCUCUGUCUGAAACCAGACUACUCCGAUUGGUUAGUUGGCCGGCUCAGUUGUCAUUGGUCAACCGCUUAGAGAUGUCCCGCCCCUUAGCCUAUCAAAUUCAAUGUGUUGGAGCACUAGCCAAUAGAAGGGUGAGUGUUACGUAGUGAUGUAACUAUGUCCCGGACGUAAACAAAAGCGUCCAAUGGAGGCAUUUAAUGCAGGAGGGGAGUAUGUCCGAGGGAAACUCCCUCUGACGUGAACUUUGGGAUUUAAGCACAAAAACGUAUACAACACACAACAGGAAAGGGAAACCCCCUAAAGCUUGAUAGGGCCCCUGUAACCUGUUAUGAGCUCAACAUUCAACUUUCGUGGCCUUUAUGUCGAAAAACGCAUCACAACUCAUAUACAAGAAGCUUUCUGUACUUUUUCACUUAUGAUAUGGACUCUUUUUGUAAACACAGUAAACACAAUCACAAUAGGUCAGCAUUAGGUACAGAAUCUAGAGAGGAUCAUUGGUGAAAAAACUGAUCCUUUGACUGAAGAAAUAUGGCGCGACCACCAGGUCAACAUUUCUGUUUACCAAAUUGUUUGGUUAAUGACCAUAAACCUGCAAAACAUACAACAUGCCUAUCAUAACCAGCAACUGUAAGAAUACUAAAACGCUAAACUUCAAUGGUAAACAUAAUAACUUCUAUAAUUAUUUCUAAAUAUCCACAUGCUAACAUGCUAGUCUGAAGCACCGCUGAGCAUGGCUAUAGACAUUACAUUACAUGUCACUUGUUAGACGCUUUUAUCCAAAGCGAC